AAGAGAUGCUGGACAAGAUGGAUAGAAAACGAGGGGAAAGGCCCAGGCCGUAGCUAUUUUGACUAUAUCAUGUUACGACAUAUUACUUGUCAUGACUGAGACGUCAGUUUGUUUCACCGAUUGUGCGUAAUGAGAAAAGCAGAUGCGAUUCAGCCGUUUGCAAUGAACUUGAAUUUCCAUUCCUCCACAGAAAAGGGGAGGACAUGGCUCAAUACACAAAUUCCCGAAUGCCUUAGAACAUCGUUCAUUUUCGCAUCUUCUCAGUAGGGCAUCGGUAGAACAGUUUGUCAGUGCACAGCGCAUUAUGUCCGUUCAGUACUGCAUUGAUGUGAGGGAAACGCUGGAGGACUCGAGUCAUAGCGCGCGGAGAACAGACCGCACCGUCGUCUGAUGCUUCACUUCAGACUCCUGUUUUAGCACCAGAGGCUCGGUCCUGGGAUUACUGCUGGAGUACGAAACAAUCUGUAGAAACAGUCUGAUGGACAAUUACUCAACGCUUCAGUUGCAGUGUCUGGAGAUGACUACCAAGAGGAAGAUCAUCGGCCGCCUGGUGCCCUGUCGAUGCUUCCGGGGGGAGGAGGAGGUCAUCUCAGUGCUGGAUUACUCCCACUGUAGCCUGCAGCAAGUCCCUAAGGAGAUCUUCAGCUUCGAGCGCACACUAGAAGAGCUUUACCUGGAUGCCAACCAGAUUGAGGAGCUGCCUAAGCAACUCUUCAACUGUCAAGCACUCAAGAAGCUGAGUAUGCCUGACAAUGACCUCUCCAACCUGCCAACCACCAUCGCCAGCCUUGUAAACCUGAAAGAGUUAGAUAUUAGUAAAAAUGGGAUUCAAGAGUUUCCAGACAACAUCAAAUGUUGUAAAUGUCUAUCAGUUGUGGAGGCCAGUGUAAAUCCUAUAGCCAAACUCCCAGACGGCUUCACCCAGCUCCUCAACUUGACACAGCUCUUCUUAAAUGACGCCUUCCUUGAAUACCUACCUGCCAAUUUUGGGAGAUUGUCCAAAUUACGGAUCCUGGAGCUUCGUGAAAAUCACCUAAAAACUAUGCCAAAGUCAAUUCACAGGCUGUCACAGCUGGAACGGUUAGACUUGGGAAGCAAUGAAUUCUCUGAACUGCCAGAAGUGCUGGAGCAGAUCCAUAGUUUAAAAGAGCUGUGGCUGGACAACAAUUCAUUACAAACCAUACCAGGGUCUGUUGGUAAAUUGAGGCAGCUGCGAUAUCUAGACUUGGCCAAGAACAGGAUUGAAAGUCUAGAUGCAGAUAUCUCUGGCUGUGAGUCUUUAGAGGACCUGCUCCUCUCCUCCAACAUGCUACAACAGUUGCCUGAUUCAAUAGGAAAGUUGAAAAAGAUGACGACAUUGAAAGUUGAUGACAACCAGCUCACCUCACUGCCUAACACCAUUGGAAGUGCACGUGGCAAAAUCGGUUUAUCACUUUUAGAGGAGUUUGACUGUAGCUGUAAUGAAUUGGAAUCGCUGCCUUCCACCAUUGGCUACCUGCACAAUCUUCGGACAUUUGCGGCCGAUGAGAACUUCUUGGCUGAGCUGCCCAGGGAGAUUGGAAACUGCAGAAAUGUCACGGUCAUGUCCUUGCGCUCCAAUAAACUGGAGUUUCUGCCUGAUGAAAUUGGACAGAUGACAAAGCUACGUGUUCUUAAUCUGAGUGACAAUAGGUUAAAAAAUCUUCCCUUCACUUUCACUAAAUUGAAAGAUCUUGCUGCACUCUGGUUAUCUGACAAUCAGUCCAAGGCCCUGAUCCCCCUGCAAACCGAGGCUCAUCCUGAGACAAAACAGAGAGUUCUUACCAACUACAUGUUUCCUCAGCAGCCCAGACAUGACGAGGAUUACCAAUCUGACACCGACAGCUUUAAUCCCACCCUCUGGGAGGAGCAGAGACAGCAGAGGAUGACUGUGGCAUUUGAGUUUGAGGAUAAGAAGGAGGAGGAAGACAACUCAGGAAAAGUGAAGGUUGAGAUUAAUCUGAAGCGGUAUCCUACCCCUUACCCAGAGGACCUGAAGAACAUGGUGAAGUCAGUGCAGAACCUGGUGGGUAAAUCCACUCAUCCCCUCAACACUGAAAAAUGUUCCUCUGGGACCAAUAUGGAGCUACACAGCCAAGACAAGUAUGAGGCCAAGUGGCCCAUUGCUUCAAAGGAGGUCACAGAGCGAGAGGUUAAAGACUUCUCUAAACCACCAAUGUCUGAACAAGGUGCCAUCCUCAACUCAGCCAUUGACAUCCCAAAACGCAAAGACAAAGAGGAUCUGACUGAGAGUUCGGAAAUUUCUUUACAUCGCGUCGUUCCCAAGCCGCAACAGCCAGAGAAUACGAGCCUGGCCGUAACUACUUCUUCCUGUUUCUGCCUCAUAGAUUCCAUGGGAGGCUCCCCUAAUGAUAUCCGCAUUUCUGACAUGAGGCCAACUUUGGUAGAGCCCCCUAUGUACAAGCCAAAGGUUGUGUUGCUGGGCAAGGAAAAAAAAGAAUCCACUGAUGAGUCUGAGCCAGAGAAAAUGCAUUGUAUGAACAACAGUGGAUCAUCUGCCACUUAUUCCGACUACUCACCUUCCCAGGGAUCAUCUGGUUCCUCAAACCCACCAGGAAAUGUCAGUAACCUGCAAACCUCUGGGAAAGAGGGCCCACCACAGAUGCACUGGACCAACAGGCUGGCUCAGUCUUUUCCAAAGCCCAUUGAAACCAAGCCACUUCUGAGCCAGAGGGAAACACCACCUUCCAGCACGCUACAGCAGCGAGGUGAGAGGCGACCACUCAGCGAUACCUUUGACAGCUGGAACGAUGCCCCCCACUACGAUAACACAGGUUUUGUCGCAGAGGAGACACCUCUUGACACACCAAGCAGCAGUGCUGGCAACCCCAUGCUGGGCUCCAAGCCCCGAAGCGCCUCAACAGCACACGGGCGACGGCCUCUCAUGAGACAAGAGCGCAUCGUGGGAGUUCCCUUAGAGCUUGACCAAACACAACACACUUUCCACACAGUUCGCACCACCCCUGAAACUGAAGUGCCUCCUUCCUCUAACCCCUGGCAGAACUGGACGAGGACUCCCAGUCCCUUUGAGGACAGGACAGCUUUCCCUUCCAAGUUGGAAAUUACUCCAGCAAACAGUCCCAACCCUGACCGCAAGGACUUCGAACAGGAGAUAGGAGAACUGCCUGGCACUUUCCCCUCAACAGGAGCCUGGGGGUUUCUUGACUCUACGGCCUCAGGGAUGGGACGAGGUCAUCCCAACCUUUUUUCACAUGUUCAGGGUGGACCAAACAAAGGUGAACCAAGCAAAGGGAGCACUAUGGUUGUUAGCAAGAGUUCUGAGAGACUUUCGCCAAUGAUGAAGGAGGUCAAAGCAAAAUUUAGGAAAUCACAGAGCAUAGAUGAAAUUGAUACUGGGUCCUACAAGGUUUAUAGCAUCCCCUUGGACUGCUACAGUUCUAGCAUAGAAAAUCAAGGAAGUGUUGAUAGAGCAGACCUCCCUAUACCUAUGGAACAAAGCAUGUCCCGGAGCCAAUCAGCUCCCAUGCUGGACGAUGAUCUGGAUUGCUAUGGUUCGAAUAAAAGCUCUCAGCAGCAGAAGCCUGCCAUCCCAAAGAAAGUUUACCAUUUCGAUCAUAGCUUCAACCCACAAGGAGCCAUGGAUGUUAUGAAAGCAGAGAGGAGGGUUCCUCCGCCAUUCCCCAACACCCCUGAAUAUGUCAACCAACCUGGAAAGACAUUACCAAAGGAGCUUGUAAGCCCAAGAGGCUACCGGGGCUAUCCACCGAUGGAACAGAUGUUUUCAUUUUCUCAGUCCAUGGUCACUGAUGAUGCUCUGAAUCCACAGCUAUCUGCCCAACCCCAGCGGUCCAGGCCAGGCUUCCUGCGGCGAGCUGAUUCUCUGGUAAGUUCAACAGAGAUGGCGUUAUUCCGCAGAGUAGCUGAGAACCAGGAGCUCCAGCUGGCAGAGCACUACAACAGGCCGCAACAGAUCAAGAGCAUGCUGGAACAACAGAACAGCCUGUCAACCAUUGCUGACACACAGUUCCACAAGAGAAAUGGUAGGUAUGAAGAAGAUUACUCAUCUUAUCAAGAGCCCAAAAAGACUAUCAUGGGUUACCCUACCAAGAGUCUGACGCAGCGGCGCCCCCUGUCUGCACGAAGCUACAGCACAGAGACAUAUGGGUCAUCUCAGGCAAGACCAGUCUCUGCCCGGCCCACCAUGGCUGCACUGCUGGAGAAAAUGCCUUCAGAUUACAAUCUUAGUACAUGCACUGAAAAGAGCCCUGAAGCUGACAUGAAGCUGAGACCAGUUCCUCAAAAACAAGAGGACCCAAGCUCCAAAAUGCCAGUAGAUUGGAGACAACAACUGCUUAGACACAUAGAAGCAAAGAGGCUAGACCGGAGCACUGUCCUUAAGCACAACACAGUAAACUUCGGCAUGCUGUACUCUGGAGGCUAUGCUGCACCGCAUGCCAGCAGAAGCAUGACAAUAAACUUUUACAAUAACACAAAGCAUGAAAACCAAACAACUCAGUGGCUACCUCUACCAAAUACACCUACACAACAGAGCAAUAUUUUAGAUAAUGGACAAGAGGUGGUUUCCCCAACUAGCCAGUGGGCCCCGUAUUCACUGGGUCGAAGAGAUGUGCCACCAGAGAACAUGAACAUCAUGAAAAAGCCUGGCGUUCACAAUCACAAUCCCCAUCAACAACAGACUAUGAUGAUGACCUCAGCCAACCCACCCCACCGGACGGCCCGUGACCAGCAGUAUGAGGGGGCCAUCAACAAGGUAUCUAUUCAGCAGUACCAGUCACCUCUGCCUAUGCCCAUUACCACCACCAGCCCCCGGCCACAGAGUGCCCGCUGCUUUAUCCAGACUAAAGGCCAGAAGAGUAUGGAUGGCUUCCCAGAGCAGCUCUGUGUGAGAAUUGAGAAGAACCCUGGUCUUGGUUUCAGCAUCACAGGGGGAAUCAGUGGACAGGGGAACCCCUUCAAGCCCUCGGACAUGGGUAUCUUUGUUACUAGGGUACAGCCUGAUGGACCUGCCGCCAACGUCCUCCAACCAGGGGACAAAAUUCUGAAGGCCAAUGGACAUAGUUUCUUACACAUGGAGCAUGAAACUGCAGUGUCUCUUCUGAAGAAUUUCCCCAAAACUGUGGACUUGGUAAUCUUAAGGGAGAGCACAAUAUAAAUAUUUUUAUAGCUUAAAGACUUCUCACCCGGAUGAAAUACAGGAACUUGUAAAUCAUCUUUUUAUCUAGGAACAAUUUUGCCAAUUGCUGGACCAAUGGCAAAUUCCAGUGCCAAAUGUAUAGAGGACAUAUCUAAUAACGUUACAUAUGGCUUAUACAUUAUACACAAACAUACCAUUGGUUCAAAUCUUUCAUUGAUGUUGUUGAUAUUCUUCUUUAUUUCAGCCUGUGGCUGUAAGUGGGUGCGUUUUUUUCCUGCUUAUUUAUAUGGCAUACUAUUUUGUACCUAUAUUUUUUUUUCCUAGCAGCUUUUCAGUUUAAUCUUGGAGCAUGAAAGCACAUCUGCUUUUAAAGACAUUUACCCACCAUAACACUGCCUCAACUUUGUAAAUGCCUUGUGUAAAUAUAUACAUUUACAACUACAAUGCGAUUAGAGCGUACAAUGUGAACGAAAGAAACUGAUGAUUUUUCUAAUGUUAACCUAGUUUUUAUAACAUUUAGAAGAGCUUUUAUCCUUCUCAUGAAAAUGGCAAUUUAUGAGAAACAAAACAAAUCUCCUCUUUUAAUCUUGAUUAAUGAUAAGUUUCUAUAUUCUGUAUUUGCACAAAUCAAAUCAGAAAAAAAAAAAAAACUCCCCAAAGCAAUAUUGAUUCCUUUUUGUGGGCUUUCCUGCAGCACCCUAUAUUGGUUAAUGCAUAUAUAGUAUUCAUGAAUUUGUCCUAGCUCAGAUCAAGGUUGGUAUUAUUCAUAUGCUAGGUAAUGUGAAAUGUACAUUUCCAUGUUAUUUGAAUUCCCACAUACCUUAGACUGCUACCAGAAAAGGCAUUCUGACAUAUGGCAGUUUAAUGGCAACCCAGAUAACUACACAAAGUUACAAAGUUAAAAUGACUUAUUUAAAUCCAGUUGCCUACAUCUUUGUUGUCGUUAUGCUGCUUUAAGGUUUUUCAAUCAUUUUUUUUAUUAUGGAAUAAAGGGAAAUCCUGUCACAAUCAAGCUGACUAGAUAAGAUACACAUUUAAGGCUUUACUAAUUAGAGCAUGCUUUCACUUUUAAACGUGUUUUAUUAGGAUGCUUAUUAUAGGGGUCUCUGUGUUUUGGACAAAACAAUUUUACAUAUUCAUUCCUUUAACUUUCUUAAGGCAUUUUUAUUAUUAUUUUCUUUAAUUAGUCAUCAACAUGAUGAUCAGUACCAUAAUAUCCCUAAACAAAACCUGGGCAUGUGUAAAACGUUGCUAAAAAUUUAGCAUUUAGAUGAAGUUUGAAAUGAAAUGCGCUCUCAUAGACCCAAACACAACAGCCACAAUAUUUAGCUUCAGAGAAAGAGGAUGUUGAUCAUUAAAGAUUAUUAUGGGUGAUGCAAUUAAUUGUUCAAGUACUAUUGUGAAAGAACAUUUGAUAAUGAUUAUUUUUACUAAAUGUUUUCAGAUAAUGGUUUCUAUUAUAUUGAUAAAAUUAGCUAUGCUCAAAUUGUUAAAUUUUAUAAAGAAUACAAAAACAAUUUAUGGACAGAGAGCUAAGAUUGUGAGGGAAAGAAACACAGGAAAUCAAUAUGUACAAUUCUUUCUCAAGUAAUUGUGAAUUUGUGUUAUAAACAUAAAUGUAUAUGAAUAUACAAAUGGUCAUUUUUGUAUGUGUUUAAAGACCUAUUGAAUCUAAAGGUAAUAUAUGGUACUAUUCAGUCUAAUUGCAGUAUUGAUGUAAAUAAAUAUGAAUGGAGACAUUUAAAUAAUUUAUUCCAAUAGAUUGUGAAUGUACUUAAAGCUUUCUGCAGUAUUAAGACUUACUGAACUUGAAUGCUGUUUCAUUUUUGUGCAAAAAGUAAUUAUAUCUAGAAUAAAUUAUUCAAUUUAGUUAAAAAGGAUUAGUGACAAUUUAUCAUAAUUUAUUUGCACAUGCAAGUUUACUCCUUCCAUUUUUUUUUCAGUAUUACCGCAAAUAUGUAAUUGAUGACAUAUAUUAUGUGUCUAGAAUGCAUUUUGCAGAUGCUAUAUGUACAUAUUUAAAAUAAAUUUUAGUUAGAAAAAUUUAAAAUUACUAAAUCAUGUAUAAAAAGGAGAAGAAAGUCCAAUGCUGUUCAGCAAAUAUUGGAGCCAUUUUCGGCUUUGAAAUACAGAAUUUUUCAGUAUUCAAGAAGUGUUUUGA